GCCUCCCAUGGCAUGAGUCCUGUUUCUAACAGAUGAUUCGGUUAAUAUUCCUGCGGAGAACUGGUGUUAUUCUGGGGUCUAUUUUCUCACUAGUUCCUCGAUCCGUUUAUUUUCGAUUAGGUGUUAACCAAACUAGCGGACCCCCUCAUGCCACUUCCGGAUCUUUGGCCUUGGUCGUCAAAAUAUCGCAACGCUAUGCACUGACAAGCACAUCACUGACGCAGAGCCCCCUCCAUUGUGUUAGAAUUCUCAAUCAAGACAUUACAUAUCACAGCUUCAUCCGCCGGUCCUUUAUAAUAGGUUGCAACUCCCUGUUCUCAGUAUGAGCAUUAGUCCAUCUUCACUCUUUCAUUUGACUCCAUGGCCUCACUCUAUUCCACUGAGUUAUAUGUGACUGGUGACCCAAGAGCACUCGCUGAAGAACAACCCCUUCCCGAAGCUCUUCGUCGCCCGCCUCUUUUAAUGAGGGUACUCUGUUUUUUGGCACUGGGGCGCCCAGAUCUUAAUGAUCUUUGGAGGUCGCUGCAAUCCGAGCAAGCGUUCGAAACCGUUAGGAGCAAGUUGUGCUCUAUCCUGGCCAGCACUAUCACCACAGCAAGCGUUAUCCUCGCUUUAAGUGGUGUCUUCGUCACUACGGGCACCCCUGUGUCAUACUUUGACUAUACAUCACCCGCUCCCCAUUGUCUGCUCUUUAUAUCGCUCAUGCUCGCUAUGAUUGCGCUGUUAACGUCCGGCUCGAGCAUGAUAUGUUGGCUACACACCGAUCGGCAUUGGACUCAAGAGGUACUACAACUUAAGCCAGGCGGCUACUUCGUGUUGUCCUACCUGUUGUCAAUAGUCACCCCCAUGUUCUUCGUCGCCUGGUCCCUACAUUGUUUCAUAUUUGAGGAGUCGGAGAAGGUUUCGGAGCUCAAGAGCAUAUCUGAUUCUAGCAGGUUGCUAUACAGCACGCUGGCCUUGGGUACAGAAGUACAACUUCUUUCCCUGUACACACUCUCGGUGUUCAUUACAUCUUUCAACAAGCGGAAGUCAGAAAUCGAGAACGAACGCCUCCCUCCAGAACUUUUCGAUGCCGAAGAGGCAAAAGCUUUCCUGGCUCAAGCACAACCUAGGUCAACCCCGGCAGACACCAUCGAGUCCCCUGUGACUCCGAGUGGAUCUCCCGAGCGGUGGACAGAUGGGUUCUCCGCGCACCCCAUUCAACACCCUUUUCAAGGGCAGAGAUGGUCGGCAGGCUUCGCUUGGGACGACGAUGACGAGUCCCUCGACGAGGCACCGGAGUUUUUGGAGAACACGAUUUCGAUGAUCCGGGAAGCGCUCGAUGGUAAGGACUUGCAGACUCGUGGGCUUCCUGGAAAUGGUUCGCCUUAUGGGGGCGGGAGUGGUAGUUCUUCCUAUAAUUGAUUGGGAUAGAAACUCGCUACUGUAUAUCCGUAGUCUUUUUUUCCAGUCGCUUUGAUGGAUCGGAGCCUGGUGGUGAAAAGAACAGUACGAGUAGGAUUGUUAAUGGACAGCUACUAGAAGGGGACGAACUCUAGUCACAUGUUGAUAUGAAG